CAAGGCGCGCCCUUCCCCCGCACACUUUCCGGCUUUCUCCACCGCGCAGGCGCGGAGAGGGAGCCAAGAUGGCGGCGCCCGUGGAUCUGGAGUUGAAGAAGGCCUUCACAGAGCUUCAAGCUAAAGUUAUUGACACUCAACAGAAGGUGAAGCUUGCAGACAUACAGAUUGAACAGCUAGACAGAACGAAAAAGCAUACCCAUCUUACAGAUACAGAGAUUAUGACUUUGGUAGACGAGACUAACAUGUAUGAAGGUGUAGGAAGAAUGUUUAUUCUUCAGUCUAAGGAGGUAAUUCACAAUCAGCUGUUAGAGAAACAGAAAAUAGCAGAGGAAAAAAUUAAAGAAUUGGAAGACCCAGAUGGGGAAGGAGGUAAACUUCCAGAGGGUCUGUUUUCCUCAGUGUGUCACUGUCCUGGAUUCCUGGCAGGCAGCAGUUUCAUUAGAAAAGCAGAUUUGAUCCUGACUCAUCUGCCUCGCAGAAAAAAUCCUACCUGGAGCGCAGCGUGAAGGAAGCUGAGGACAACAUCCGGGAGAUGCUGAUGGCACGAAGGGCACAGUAGGAAGCCUCUAGGGAAGCUUUCCCUCCUGACCCCUCCCAUUCCUGGCAAGGACAAGGGGCUUGUGUAGGGAAAUAGCGUCUGCUGUACCUGAUGGACGUUUUAUCUGGAUGGCCUGGUAACCCUAUGUUUUCUACAUCACCCUGAGCCCCUUUCAAAUCCCAAGCCCUUAUUUUUUAUCCUGGCUCGCCUAAGACAUUCUUCUCCCCUGGGCGUGAGUCCUGAACUCCCAGGAGAGGGGAGAUGGGAGCCAGGACAGGUAGGGGAGCUCUGCCCAUGCCCGCUACUAGUCAUGCUGGUCAGACCAAUAAAAGGCAUCUGUGCCACUCUUCUAA